CGCAUCGCGAAAACCGGCACUUCCACUAUUUCAACUCCCGGUUUGAAGCGGAGUCUGAGACGCUGGUAGCGAUGCUUUGCGCAGUGACUUCAGUGGGCUUAGUUGCGGUAUCUGUGCAAACUUUCCAGAUCAGUAAGCAGGUGCAGGAGGCGACCCUUGCGUACAGCCUUCGUCAGGUCGCCUUGCUGGCGGCUUUGCUCGUCUUGGCCAACGGCUCGGCAGCAAUUCAGGAACUACUGGAGUUUGACUCAACCUACAUCUCCACUGUGCUCCUUUUCCCGACUGCUGUGAUAUUUGUGGUGGUGCUUGGCCGAGCCACCUUGCCGGAGCAAAAUGAGAAGAUCGCGAGUUCGUUGCCUCCUUCGUUUACCUGUCCAGUGGAUGUUGAAUCGCCAGCUUCGCCCACUUCCAGAUUGGAGUCGGUCCACGUGAGCGUGUCCGAGGAGACGUCUCCGACCGUGCCACCACCCCCCAGCUUCGUUCUUUUGGACUCCCAGACGCACCUGCAGCGUCUGCGGCGUAGCAGGUACCGGAGGUCACAGCUCCCUUCCAUCAACGAGGAUUUUUGCGCUGACACACCGAAGUGGAUGGCCUACCUUGGAGCGCACAUGGCGAAGGAGCUGCUUCCACGUGUUCCUGCUGGAGGGAAAGAGCACACCUGGGACACAGUGUGUGACACGAUGACGUCUUUGGCGGAUUGGCUGCGAAGCGAUGACGCUGAACAUCUCAGCAAGGCCUUUCGACCUUGCUUUGGUUUUAGCUGCGACCGUUGCAGCAAUGCAGUGCAGCCGGGUGAAGAGACAUGUCCGGUCUGCAGCUUGGAAAUGGAGUGAGCGAUCUCCUCCAUUGGCAGCUGGUGGCAGCUGCAAUACAACAAGCUGCGAACUGUGAUCGAACAUUCGGCCAUGAAUGGCCCAGGAGUUCCAAAGGUGACUG